AUAAAUUCCUUUACAUAGGUAGGAGUUAAAGGUAAGGAAAGGAAAGCCAAGUAUCUUAAUUGUUAGAUUGAUUACAACAAAACAGAUUUUAGAAGUUGGGGUUUGUAAUGCAGCGGGAGAGCUGUUUAUGAUGCAGUGGAAAGAGAAAGCCGGUUCCAACAGCGACUCUGGGGAAUGCACUCUCCUCUCCCCUACAGUGCUUACUUAAGCUAAUGGAAGAUCUUUCCUUUCAGUAGCUGCUGCACCGGGAUACCAGACAAACAGCUCCCCUUGACCCCUGGCAGACAGGGCCCCUCUUCAGGACAUCAUUAAAAGCACAUGCACUUGUUUCACACCCAGCGGCAGCCUAGGGUGGCAAGAUUCAGAGCUCACACUCUGAAGCCAAGGAGAAGCCAGAGCGGUGGAAAACAUCCUUGCUUUGAAAACCCAAAGAUAAAUUAAAGAACUACAUGAGAUAAGGAGCCUGAAGAAUAUUAGUUGGCUGGGGGGAUGUGGAGAGACACAAAAAGCACAGCAGGUAAGAGCUGGGGUUGUUGCCAAGAAGGAACUGUCUCAGGUGAUGCAGUGAAAGGGAUCUCAGAAUUGGAGGCCUGUCCCUUUGAGUCUUCUGUGCGUGCUCAAGCUUGUCUUCUUCCAUCAGUUUCCAGAGGAGAGGAGGGAUGUUGUCAGAGCCUACCCUAUCUGUGCAACUAAUCCUGUUAUCAGCUUGGUUAUAAAUAUUAAUGUCCCUUGGCCCUUCUCUGAUGCUGCUGCUUCAGAUUUUAGGCUCUUAGGAAGCCCUUCAUCAGUCUUGCCUUUACCUUGGAGAAACCGAUGAGACGCAGGGCCAAGCCAAGCCGACCAGAUGGCAGCCUAUCCCCAGAGCUGCGUGGACGCCACCGUGCUGGACUUCGUCGCAGACCUGUCCCUAGCCUCUCCGGGGCACCCUCUCCUCUGCGACUUCGCACCGGGGGUCCCCUAUGCGGACCACCAAGACCUUGUGCUCCAAGAGGGAAGAGCCAGAAGUUUACCGCGUUUUGAGGAGGAGGAUCCAGAAGAGGAGGGGGAAGUAGAAGAGGGCGAAGACGAGGAGGUAGAGGAGGCCGGGAGAGGCGCCUCCCUGCUGGGUCGCCCUAAGAGGAAAAGGGUGAUCACCUACGCCCAGCGCCAAGCCGCCAACAUCCGCGAGAGGAAGCGAAUGUUCAACCUCAACGAGGCCUUCGACCAGCUGCGGAGGAAGGUACCCACGUUUGCUUACGAGAAAAGGCUGUCCCGAAUCGAGACCCUUCGCCUGGCCAUCGUCUACAUUUCCUUCAUGACUGAGCUCUUAGAGAGCUUUGAGAAAAAGGAAACCGGCUGAGCUAGUGUGGAAUGGAAGUGUCUGCCCCCUCUUCACUGGGCGCGCGGGCAUGGGGUGUUUCGCGACCGGCAGUGGGUGUGGCUGAAAGGCCAGGGAGAAAGCUCCAAGACCUAACAAAAGUCUGGCCUUCUGGAGCUUGUUUUGCGAUGAUAAAAUCCCCACAGCCCUUGAGAAGCUUGGAGGCCGUGGAGUUAAUGCAGACGCGAUUGCUCUGAAUGGAGUCUGGGGCGGGAGCGGGCGGGGCAUAUUAAGGUAGUUAAGGAGUUGGGGCGGUCCUCAGCCCGCGCCCAGGAGCAGUCUAUAUCAAGUGGGUGGGAAGUUAAUCCUCUCUGCAGUUCAGCGGUCUCUGUGAGUCUGAUCUCUCCGAGUGUGUGUGUGUGUGUGUGUGUGUGUGUAAAAGAAACUUUUUUUUUUGCCUCAGAGUCGGUGCUGAGCCAAGUCAGGCAGGCACGCCGCUCCGGACUAUGCUUUUUAGAUAAGUCCUGGAGCAGAAACUCGCGAGAAAUUGCGGGUUAUGGGGUUCUCUGAGAGGCCAAGGGGUGCCAAGUCUAUCGUCCGAUCCUCUUAGGGUUGUCAGGAGGCAGAAAGAAGGGACUGAAAAAGGAAAAGGAGUCAAAGCGAUGAAAUAUCUCUAACACAGAACACCAUUCUGCCUUCUCUUCCUCUCCACCUUCUCCCUUACCCUCCCCCUCAGGCUCAAAACUUCAACCCAGUCCCUGUCCCUCCAGUAGCCCGACGCCCGAACCUGAGGUGACGGGGAGGAGGAGGGGACAGCCCUUUCUCACGCACUGGGAGCGCACCUAGACUCGCGGGGUAUCUUAGAUGCUCUGAACCUUUGCUGCCUGAGGAUGCUUCCCCUGUUUCCUACCCAGGGAAAAGGACCGGGUCGUCCCAGGAGCUGCGCCACCUGAGCGCGCACGAAAAAUUUUAGGGGUGCGUAGAGAAAGAUAGCUUUUAUUCUAGUUGCAUCUAGGGACAGGGAAGAAAAAAGUCAGAAGAGGAGAUGCAUUCCACCGCUUUGCCAAAAUGUGUAUGAUGGAGAUGAGGUUUGAAAUAGAACCAUGCUGAGGAUCUGCCUCCAGUUUGGCGGAUCUGCCAUUCCACAAUUCUUCCUUUGGGGGAACCUGCUAACACCUAGACUGGGGUCCUUCAGGUAGGAGUUGGUAAGUGAGGAGGGAAACUGAAAUGAAUAGUGCCCACCUAACUUUAAAGUCAGUAAUCCUAAAAAUAAACCCUGUUGUCUCAACACUUUAUUUUGCUCCUCACUUCGCACAUCCUUGCACUCGGCGAUUCGCCUAUCAUACUUUUAGAAAUAUGAUUCAUUUUAUUAAGAAGUAAUAUAUACUAAUCCUUAAAAGUUUGGAAAAUAAAAUUUUAAAAAGAAAUAAAAUUUAAAUCACUUCAUAUUACUACACAUCAGUUUUAUCUAUUUCCUUCUAGUCUUUUUUUAUACAGAUAUAAAUUCAAUGUGUUUAACACAUUUGGGAUAGUUUUGGAAUUUAUCCACUCAGCACUAUAGAAUGAGAACUUUCCCCUUGAUGUUAAAUAUCAUGCGAACAUAAUUUUGAUUACUGUGUUUUAUUGUCACAUCCAUAUAUUACAUCUAACUCCAGUCCUUUACAGAUAGCUAAGAUAUUUUCUUUAAAAAAAAAAAAGUAAUAAUGCGAGGAACAUUCUUAUAAAUGUCUUCUCUGCCUAUAAUUUCCUGAUAUUAGGUAGCCGGAAGUGAAAUUUCUGCGUCAAAUGAACAUUUAAGUUUGUGGCUACAAAUGGCCGGAUUGCCUUCCAAGUAGAUCUGCCAGUUCACACUCCCUCUUACUAUUAUUGCAGGAUCUACUUGUCUCUAAGAUUCCUUCAUGUAAAACUUUUCCUAGUUUUUCUAUCUAUAGGAACUGAUAGUUCUGAAAUGAUUACUCUCUCAAAGAUGAUGUCUUACUUGACUGUAUCUUUUCACCAGGAUUGUUUCACCUCUGUCAUAAGAACAAGAUAUACAAGUAAGAGAAAAAAAAUGUAACCAACUAAACCAAACAACAACAAAACCAGGGAGUGUUUUGGGGUUUUUUUUGUUUUGUUUUGUUUUUAAUUCUCUAGCAUCUUUACUAAAAGUGAAAAAUGGACAAUAACCUCUAUAUCCAUUUUAUAAAAUUACUUAUUUUCUCUUCUUUUGCUAGACAACUUUUUGGCUGCUCAGACCACUUACCUGUAUUUUAAGAAACAAAUUUAAAAUUACUCUUUUCAGUAUGUCAAAGAAAAAUAAUUAUUUCUCAACUUGUCAUCGAACAACAUUUUGCUCCCCAAUAUCUCAUGUAGUGCUAGUGGAUACAUUGGUCCCUUAUUUUAUCCAGUUAUUUAUUUAUUCAAUUAAAAUGUGUUGACAUUUUACAUAUAAUGUGAAAGGGUGCAGAAUUGAAAGAGCUUGCAGAAGAAGCUCCCUUCCUUCUCCUACUCUAAGUCCUCAUGAGAAGUAAACAUUUUUUAAAGACUCUUCAAGUGAUUUUUUCUUAAAAGAUUUAACUUUAGGAAUCCUUAAUAGUUUCUUGAAAGAAUCCAUUUGGAAAAUAAGAAAUUUUAAAAAAAUGCGUAGAAAAAGGGUCUCAAAAUCAAUGAGUCCUGAAGAGUAAACACAACUGUCCAUCAUCCUUAAUCUUCAUAUUCUGAACCAUUGUUAUAUUCAUAGUAAGCUUACAAUAUCGUACAGUGAAUAUUUCUUCAGUAUAGUAAAUAAUACCCCCAAAACAUCUAAAUAAAAAGAUUUCCCAUUAUUAUUAGAAUUAUGUCCACAAUUCUUAAAAUUAUGAGAGCUCAUAAAUGCUUUGUUCUUUGUGAUUUUUAGUAUGUUUAGAAGCUACUCCAAAAUGAAAAGUCUCUUAAGGCUUUUUCUUAAUUAUUGUACUAAUAGAAUAAUUUGAAGCCAAAUAAGUUUCAGAAAUAUAGAGAAGUGGAUUGACUUAUUCCUUAUACCAAAUCAUCCGUAGAGAUAACGCAAAAUCAUCUGCAUUUCGAACAUGAAUCCAUACUCCUCCAUAUCUUGCAUUCAACUUCUCUAAGCAGCAUGAUAGUUUUAGUUUUCCCCAUGUUAGAUCCAUAAAUCAGUGCACUUUUUAAUGUAAGUAUUUUUAGUAUAUAACACACCCUAUGUUAGAAUUGUCUUAUUCUUUAUCUUCUAAACCAGCAUUGAUAAAAAUAUCAGUAGACACUGGUUUUCCAGUACCUCCCAGUAAUUAAAAAAAAAAUCCUAGCGGUAUCAAUUACUCCUGGAAAAUUGUAAUAAUUGGUUUUUGAAAUCUUAAAGUUAUUUGGACAUUUGGAAUGUAAAUACCAUUUUAGAUGUUGCUUGGAGGCGAUUUAUUUAUAUACUCUUUACUGACUGAAAACUGCCUUUUGGUCUCAAACUAAGUUCCCCAUAACUAUCAGGUUACUAUUAGUAUUCAGACAUAUAAACCAAAAAAAAAAAAAAAGAUCUAAGUGAAAUCAUAUUUGAAAGACAUAAUCAGGCUUUCCAAGGAAAGUAAAAAUAAUCAAAAGCCUUUGCCAUCAACAGGCAGCCAUUCAGACUGAUCAUCUUUUACAGCUGUCCAAUGUGAAAGCAGAUUUUGGCACUGGAAACUGAACCAAAUAUUGUGCUAGUAUGCAUAUUUCCUGCAUGAACUUACAAUUAAGACCAUAGAAUUGGUGUUUAUUAUUGCAUUUGUCAGCAUUUCCAUUAUAAAAACACUAUUGUGGAAGGUUUAUAACAGCUACAGAAAUUCUGAGAUGAAACUUGAUAAGCACAGUUUAGCAUAACUUUUUUUUGAAUUACAAAUCCUCAAAGAAAAUUUCAAAGUUAAUGAAAACACUUAGGCCCACUUCACAUGUGAGGUUCCCAAAUGUACAAGAACAGUGCUGUAACCCCUGAGCUACAGAGGAUGUACCUACAACUUUUAAACACUAUAUUUUGUAUUAAAUGUAACAUCUAUUUAAUACAAAAUAUAAAUUAGAUUAUUUUUGUUUAGAUUUAUUUUUGUCAAAAAUAGCUGGCAGAUUAAUAUUGAACUUUAAGUACUAAAUCCUUUUAUUGGGUGAUAUUACUUGAUUAAAUUAUAGUUUAAAUGUGUUAGAAAAGUGUUGACAUUUUGGUAUAUACCUAUGUCUUGGCACAAGUUCACUCAAAGGUUUCUGAACUUUGCCAACAUCUUGGAUGAAGUUAGACCCAGUUUCUGGUCAGUGCCCUCUCUUCCUGUGAAUGCUGAACUAAAAAAGGCUACAAAACAAGAGUCAGCAGUUCUGACCAUUUUGUUUUGACUUUGGGGUUUCUUUGAAUCCAAAGCUCAAAACCAAACCUGGCGAAGGAGGAGAGGGAAAGGAAAGAAGCAAUGCAAACUGACAGGAAUAAAAUGCCAGAAAGAUGGAAAAUUUUCUUUAUUUCUCUAUAAACCAAAGCCUAUAAAUUUCCACAACUUUUUCUAUGAUAGCAAAUUUUAUUUAUGUGCCUAAAACACAUUUGAUAAAGAAGUAUAAGGGAAUGCAAAGAAUGUAUUUUAAAAUACUCUUUAUGGCUAAUAUUGGGUAGAAUUCCACUCAAUUUUGCAGAAGACAAAAGAACUUUUAAUAUUCAGUGAAGUCAAGAGUUUGGCAAAUAUGCUGGAAAUUAUCCUAAUAAAAUGUAACAAUUAUGAUAAUAAAAUGGUUACUGCAUUAUUGUUUUCAAAGCACCCUUCCCAUACUUUCUCUCAUUUGACAAGUGAAAGGAUUUCAACAAGAUCUAGAGGCUCCCAAUUAAAUUGAGUCAAUCAGUGUACCAUCGUAAAAACUCAUUCAUUCAUUGAAAUCAGCAUGAUACUGAGAUUCCUAAAAAGGACCAAUGAUCACAUAUAAGCAGCAUAUUUCUUUAAAAGAUAUUGCCUUCAAAGAUCAAAAGCACCUUAACACACUCCAGGAUGAUAAAGUAUUCAAAAAGGUUGGUACAGUCUGGCUCCCUCAAAGACCAAAUUUUACAACCUCCUAUUUAGGGCUCUGUGAAGGAGAUUUCCACCUGCAGCCAGAAAAUGUAGAUGACCUCAAAGCAGCUGUUAUGGACAGCUUUUUAUGAUUUCCAGUCUUCAAAAGGGAAGAAAAUAUCUAUGAGACUAUGGAAAUGGAUCAAACAGCUGGUGAUUAAUAGCAAAUAACAAUAUCAUAUAAACAUACAUGAAUGAUCAAUGUUAUUAUACAGUUAUUUUACUGAAGAUAACUUUGUAACUUCAAAACUUCACAAUUUUAUUUUUGUUACUGGUCAGAUCUUGAACUGAUUGACUAUAUUUAGUCCUAGAAUUUUGCGAAAUGCUGCCUAUUUUUAAUCUCAUAGUUUAGUGAAAUGUUGGAGAAACCAGAAGUGGUCUAAAGAAUAACAACAAAAUAAUUGGAUUAUUAGGUCUGGAUGAAGUAAUAAUGCCUAUAAUAAUAAGUAAUGUCUAUAAUUAUCUACUGUAUUGCUUAUUUACAUAAUAGCACAUGUUGAUAACUAUUAAAGUUCUCAAAAUAGUUUUAGGGUAUAGACACUAUUAUUAUCUUC